GGCCCGUCCCACAUCCGGCCGGGGAAAACUCCCUCCACAGGGCCUUUAAAAGGCCUGCAGGUCUGCUCAGGCAGGCAGAACAUCAGGACAACUGAUAACAAAGCAAACUAAGAAACAUCGCUUCUCUUCACUCGUCUUUGUCAGAUCUAUAAAAAAAAAAAUGGAGUCCAAGAAGAACUGCAAAAUGAGUCAGAUGUGGACCAAGAAGAUGCCCAAAGGAGUGGACUUGGAGAUUUCCCAACAGCUCCCGUCCAUGAGGUGUGUGGCCAACCUGAUCAUAGCCAUGGAGAGGCUGAAGGCUGGCGUGUCGGAGGAGGUCCUGAGCACCGACUUCAGCGACGAAACCCUGCUCAACAUCAUGCUGGAGAGCGUUGUGGAAGAGAGAUUCAUCUUCGAGAGGACUUCAGCUGGACCAGGUCAGUUCAGCAGAGGAGAAGAGCAUCCUUGCACUGUGACGGACAGCCAGAAGAGAAGCCUGGUUCUGGUCCAAAGCAACUUGGAGCUCCUGGCAGUGAUGCUGCAGGGAGGCAGCGACAACCGCAAAGUUUACCUGAACAUGGCGACGUAUGUGCACCUUACACCCAACACUGAGGUGGGCCAGCCGGUGGUUCUGGGCAUCAAGGACACCAACUUCUACCUGUCGUGCUACAAGAACGGUGACAAACCAACCCUGCAUCUGGAGGAGGUGGAGGACAAAGCAAGCCUCUCUGAGAUCAGCUCAGACAGCGAGCUGAGGCGCUUCCUGUUCUACAAACGGGACACCGGGCUGAACAUCAGCACGCUCAUGUCCGCCCACUUCCCCGACUGGUACAUCAGCACGGCGACACAAAACAACAGGCCGGUGGAGAUGUGCCAGGAGAGCGCCUCUCGCUACAGAACCUUUAGCAUCCAGCGUCAGAUCUGAGCCCCCCCACCCCCCCCCCCCAUCCCCCCCCUGGACGCAGCGGGAGGAGGACGCUCAUCUCCACAUCCAGAUGACCUUCGUGAGCGGAAAGCACUACCACACUCUGCUGGAAGGACGUGUGCGUGUUAGACCUACUAUUUACUGUAUGUACCAAGUACAGGAAGUAAACUGCUUAAUGUAUUGACAUUGUCAAAUUUCCACACAAGGUGGCGCCAUUGUGCUGUCCAAACUGUGUGUGUAUAGUUGGCUUGAGAGUUUUCGCUUAUUAAUAUUUAUUUAUAUAUUUAUGCAAUAUUGUUAAUUGAUCCGGAAAUCUGCUUGCUAUUUAAAAACUAAAAACAUUCCAAAUGUACUAAAUAAAGACUUGAAAACAUCUUA